UACAAGAUGGCGACCUCGUUGAAUAUGGCUAGCGAGAGUUUUGAUGGUUUACAUGAAACAUCAUAUGUCCUAGUGCGAGUGCUAGGUAGAGGUGCUUUUGGCGAAGCAGUUCUAUACAGAAAGACAGAGGACAACAGUCUAGUAGUUUGGAAGGAAAUCAACUUGGCAAAGCUGAAUGAACGGGAGAAGAAAGACUCAUAUACAGAAAUCGAGAUUCUGUCACUUCUGAAUCAUUCCAACAUUGUAUCUUACUACAAUCAUUUUGUGGAUGAAGAUACGCUCUUCAUAGAGAUGGAAUAUGCCAAUGGUGGGAGUCUGUUUGACAAAAUAUCACAUCAAACGCAUCUCUUUCCCGAGGAGGUUGUCAGAUGGUACCUCUUCCAGCUCACCUCAGCUCUGGCCUAUGUUCAUGAGUUUGGUAUCAUCCACAGAGAUAUCAAGACUAUGAAUAUCUUUCUGACGAGGACGGAUCUGGUGAAACUUGGAGACUUUGGAAUAUCUAAAGCUUUGGAGUCCAAGGGUGGAAUGGCUGAGACUCUUGUUGGAACACCGUACUACAUGUCUCCAGAACUCAUGAAGGGAGAAAAGUACAACACCAUGACCGACAUCUGGGCCAUGGGCUGCGUCCUGUACGAACUGCUGACACUCACCAGGACAUUCCAGGCCACAAACCCCCUGAAACUGGCGUACGAUAUAGUCCUGACUGAGCAUGGUGGGAUCGACUCCUCAUACUCCCAAGACAUGGACGACCUCGUCAACAGUAUGCUGCAGAAGAAUCCUUCCAAGAGACCAACAGCAUCAGUGAUACUCACAAACAAGCUGUUUUCCAAUGCAAAAGAUCUUGAGCAGAGAGUUUGGGAGUUGAACUCUUCAUCUAGGAGGGCUCGGUCCAUGGCAUCCACCUCAACUGCUGUGCCAGUCAUCAAGGCCAAGAUGUGUGAGGUGUAUCAGUGGGGAGGAGGGAAGCGGACCCCACAGAAACUGGACCUGUUCAGUAGAGAGAAGAGCCCAGUUCAAGUUUCCGCUGGCCACUCCCACCUGGCCACCCUGACCGUGGAGAAGGAGCUGUACACAUGGGCGAACCUUCAAGGUGACACGACCAUAGUGGGUCAGCUGGGUCACGGGGACGUCGCAGCGUACAAGGCCCCCAAGAGAGUGGACGCCCUUAUUGGCAUCCCCAUCAAGCAGGUGGACUGUGGGGAGGACUUCACCUUCUGUGUCACAGAUGAAGGAAAGGUGUACUCCUUUGGUUCCGACUACUUUGGCUGCCUUGGAACUGACAGUGGAGAUGAUGUACUAGAUCCAAUACCAGUGGACUACUUUAGUCAGAUACCAGUGGAGCAAGUGUCAUGCGGAGAGUCUCACUGUGUUGCCCUCAGUAAAGAUGGGGAUGUUUACACAUGGGGCUGUGGCGAGUUUGGCCGUCUUGGACUUGGCUCAGAAGACGAUUGCAGUCUACCACAGAAGGUGUCCACUCCGGGCAAGCACCUUAUCAAGUCGGUGUGUGCGGGAUCGGACGGAACGUUCCUCAUCACCACCAAUGGCCGCCUCCUGGCCUGUGGCAGCAACGAGUUCAACAAACUAGGUUUCAAUUCCGAAACAUCAGGUCUGAGAAAACGAAAAGCAAAGGUGUACGACAUCCCCUGUAAAUACACAUUUACGACUGUGAAGCCUCUCAGCCGCUACAACAUCGUCAGUGUGGCCACUGGCAAGACACACUCCGCAGUCAUAGACUUGUAUGGCUACCUGUUUACAUUCGGCUCCAACAAGUAUGGGCAGCUUGGUCUGGGAGACUUCAAGAAGCGGGAGUGUGUAUGUCGUGUCGGCGGCAUGCUGGCGGGGCAGAGAGUGGAGAGGGUUUCGUGUGGCGUCGGGUUCACAGUCAUCUCUACUAAUGAGAACCAGAUCUACUCAUGGGGUAACGGGGAGAGCGGUCGUCUAGGUGCCAUCAUCAGUGACCAGGGGAAAGGGCCCAACAGCCAGUGUACGUCCCUGCCUCGGCCCAUGUUCGGGUGCCUGCACAUCGUGGCCGACAUCUCCUCCAGUCACUGGAACACACUUCUUAUUGCAGAGAAAGUCCUCAACCAGAAAACACUCAAGUCAAGAGUAUCCUCACCAAAAUACAAGGCCCCAGAAUCAGUUGAAUGUAUCCAUGGGGAGACUGUCCCGGAGGACAGUGCCUUUGUGGAUGAUGACAUUGCCAGUCCCGCGGUGAUCCCCAGCAGCCCCCAUGUCCCUGCACUGUGUCUCGACUCGGGGAAACCCAGCACUCCCCCCGAGUCGGCUCAGCACACAGCGGCACUGACCAACAGCUCCGUCCCUCCCUGGCUGGAAGCGGAGUUGAAUGAUGCUGAAGUGAUACCUAUACCAUCCUGCACCCCAAGUCCAGACAUCGGAGGCUCCGGCCAGCUAGCCAGUGGAUCAAGUGGUCAUCCGUCUCUCCGACUACAGAUGCCAGAUGUACACCUGGUUUCACAGCAGAUAUCAGACACAGCAGCUCAGACAAGUGAACAUGAAACUAGUAGUCAGGAUGUAGGUCAUCUACAAGCAAGAAUACAACAUCUUGAAGCUGAAAAUAAGAAGUUGUGGAGACUAGUGAGCGAUCAGCAACAGCAGAUAAAGACACUGAUGCUGGACCCGGAGAAACCCAGAACAUCCUGAUAGCUGUAUCCAGCCGUAGAAUGUCAUUGUGCAGCAUGGUGUUCCUACAUGUCAUUGUGCAGCAUGGUGUUCCUACAUGUCAUUGUGCAGCAUGGUGUUCCUACAUGUCAUUGUUCAGCAUGGUGUUCCUACAUGCCAUUGUGCAGCAUGGUGUUCCUACAUGUCAUUGUGCAGCAUGGUGUUCCUACAUGUCACUGUGCAGCAUGGUGUUUCUACAUGUCAUUGUGCAGCAUGGUGUUCCUACAUGUCAUUGUGUAGCAUGGUGUUCCUACAUACCAUUGUGCAGCAUGGUGUUCCUACAUGUCAUUGUGCAGCAUGGUGUUCCCACAUGUCAUUGUGCAGCAUGGUGUUCCUACAUGCCAUUGUGCAGCAUGGUGUUCCUACAUGCCAUUGUGCAGCAUGGUGUUCCCACAUGUCAUUGUGCAGCAUGGUGUUCCUACAUGUCAUUGUGCAGCAUGGUGCUCCUACAUGCCAUUGUGCAGCAUGGUGUUCCUACUUGCCAUCUUGUAGCAUGGUGUUCCUGUAUGUCAUUGUGUAGCAUGGUGUUCUUACAUGCCAUUGUGUAGCAUGUUGUUCCUACUAGCCAUCUUGUAGCAUGGAGUCCCUACAUGCUAUAAUGUAGCAUGGUGUGCCAACAUGCUAUUGUGUAGCAUGGUGAUCCUGUAUUGCCCAGAUUGGGGUACUCAGGAGGCCCGUGGUAGCUUGUAUGUAGCUGUGGACUGCCCUCUGGUAGCAUGGUGUUCCUGUAUUUCACCCUGUGGAGAACCCAUAUACAAAUAAGAUAUGUCUUGAGUGCAGCACUAUCUGUAGCUUUAUACCUUAGAUGAUAGUAACCAGAGGUGAUUUUCAUUUCAAUAGCAUGUAAAUCCACCAUGCUACACAACAGCCUUGCAUUAUUGGACAUGCAAUGGAGGUUUGAUGACAAAGCCUAACACGUCCUAGUCCUAGUUUAUGCAGAUUACUUGAUGUGUUGGUGGGACGUUAAGGGAGGAACUUUUAUUGUCAGCAUAGUUUUGAAAAGGAGGUAAUUCUCUCUCCUUAACUCCUUUAUUUAAACAGAAUGUUAGACUCUAAGGCAGGUUUAACAAUGAAACACAGCAAAAUAUUCAUUUAACCUUUUGAAGGAAACAAAUAUAGGUUUUUGAAAUAAGUCCAUAAAUAAAGUCUGGCCUUAAAUGUCUGUAUGUGUUUCAUAUGAAUAGUAUUUAUUUACAUGUGCAUGUGUGAUGUGCAUAUACCAAACAAUGAUGAAAAUACUUGAACUUUCAUACUGUCUUUUAGAGGUAUUUAUUCCUGUAUAGGAGUUUGAGAUGGCAAAUCAUGAUGUAUAGGUAAUUGUGUGACUUGAAGGUUGUGUGAUAUCUGUGAUAUGACAUAUGUGAUAAUGUGUGAUUUUGUAUUGUAAUGCUUAUUAUGACCUAAAAUGGCAUCAUUUGAUAACUUAGAAAGUCUGUGAUAGAGCAUGUAUCCUGCAUACUUAGGACCAUGGGGAAUCUGCUCGCAGGUGUUACAGAUGUUGUGUAUAUGUUCUACUGACAUGUCUAUACACUGUGUAUAUGUUCUACAGCCAUGUAUAUACACUGUGUAUAUGUUCUACAGCCAUGUAUAUACACUGUGUAUAUGUUCUACAGCCAUGUAUAUACACUGUGUAUAUGUUCUACAGCCAUGUAUGUACACUGUGUAUAUGUUCUACUACCAUGUAUAUACACUGUGUAUAUGUUCUACAGCCAUGUAUAUACACUGUGUAUAUGUACUACAGCCAUGUAUAUACACUGUGUAUAUGUUCUACUACCAUGUAUAUACACUGUGUAUAUGUUCUACU